AUGACUUCAUUUUCAAGCGGUUCGUUUUUUGCUUCUCCAAAAAUUUGUUCUUCCUCCUUUUUGAUUUUUCACCAAUAAGAUCAAUUUUUCGGCCUCUUUAGAGGUUAUUUUUCUACUAACCCUAGUGAAGACCAUUUUGGAAUUAGUCGUCCAUUUGCAGGUCGGAUAAUCCGUCUUCUCGUCGGACUUUCCCUUGUUGGCUCAGUUUCAACCUUCCCCGCAUGUUUAUUUUCCCAUCCAACUUUUUAAAAGUGUCCUUUUGUUUUUUUUCAGCUUGUUGCAGUCUUCCUGUGACUGGUACUGGUGGUGACAAUUGUGUAUCUCAUUGCACCAGGAAAUGUCUAUCUGCCGAGUACAUCGUCAGAAGACAGAGCAACUUCGACAAGAACAACGCCCUGGAAUUCGCACAAAAGUUGGAGCACGCCUCGCGGAUAAUCCUGGAAGACAACUCGGGGACCGCCAAUUUCGACUCUUUGGAGUCGUUAGAGCUCGACGCCAGCAACGUAAAGUUCUUCCCAGGUCCUUUUCGCAGUUUGUUAUCAAAAUAAUGAACACAUGAAUUGUUUUGCAGAGCCCUUAAUCCGGAUCCGGGACACAGAAGUCACUGAGAACUCCUUCACGAAUUUGAAAACCAUCACAAUCACGCCGAUCAACCCUUAUUGCGAGAAGGGAACUAUCUUUGACAUUGAUAAAAUGAAAGAGGAACCUCGGAAAAUUCUGAAAAACUUGGAAAAGGUUUCUUUUUGAGUUACAAGUUCACUUUUUUUCUUGCCAAUUGUUAAUCGAAACAAAUGCUUUUUUUUUAUUCCAAGGGUUCGAUGUAUUUUUCAUUUCGGGUUCUUUCCCCUCACCUCCCGGAAAAUGAACUUUUUCAGAAAGUUUUGGCGGAUUGCCCAUCAAACAAAAGCAUCAUCGACUUUUCCAGUCCCCGUUAGAUUAAACAUCUUUUUCUCUUUUCAAAAAAAACUUUCAGUAGUUUUCAUCAUUUCUCACGUUGUGGUCAGUUCCUGCUGGGCACUUUUGGUUGCUCUAUAUUGCCUGUUGACGAGAAAAAAGAAAAAGGAAUGUUCGACCAGUAGUAGUCAGUCAAGCGUGAGUCGCCAAACAAAUUAUUUUUUCGAUUUAACACAGAAAAACCUUCAAAAAUUCUUCGUUUUCAGACUUCUAAACCCACCUCCAAAGAACCCGUAGCGGCCGCCCCAGGGGAAAACUACGUCUUUCUGUAUAAAUAA